CAUGACAGCCGAGAGCCGGCUGCCGCCAGGCCCCCCGCCGCCGCCCCCGCCCCUCAAGGGGGACGCGGUGCCGCCGGGAGAGGAGGCGGCGGCGGCGGUGGCGGGGGCGCGGGGAGGGCGACGGCGCCGCAAGCGUCCGGCGGAGCGGGGCAAGCCGCCCUACAGCUACAUCGCCCUCAUCGCCAUGGCCAUCGGGCAGGCGCCCGAGCGGCGACUGACGCUCGGCGGCAUCUACCGCUUCAUCACCGAGCGCUUCCCCUUCUACCGCGACAGCCCCCGCAAGUGGCAGAACAGCAUCCGCCACAACCUUACCCUCAAUGACUGCUUUGUCAAGGUGCCGCGGGAGCCCGGCCGCCCCGGCAAGGGCAACUACUGGACGCUGGACCCUCACGCCCGCGACAUGUUCGAGAGCGGGUCCUUCCUCCGCCGCAGAAAGCGUUUCAAGCGCAGCGACCUCUCCACCUACCCGGCUUUCCUCGCCGAGCGCCCCGCCGCUCCCUGCCGCCUCCUGCCGCUGCCCGCCCCGCCGGCCCCCCCAGACCUGCCCCCGGCGCCCGCCGCCUCCUGCGCCUUCGCUGCCGCCUUCCCCGCGCAGGGCUGCUCCUCCGCCGCCCUGCCGCACGCCUACGCCCCGCUGCCCGCCGCCCCCGGGCCCUUCCCGCCGGGAGGCCACGGGCCGCUGUACGCGCCGUCGGGGCGCAUCGUGCUGCCCGCCUCGCCGCCCGGCCCCGCUGCGCUCUACGGCCGCCGCUCCCCCGCGCCCUUCCCGCCGCUCCCGCACGCCUACGGCCCCGGAGGACAGCUGGGCCCCGCAGAGCCCGCACCGCGGCAYGGCACCUACCCUGGAGGCCCCGACAGGUUCGUCCCAGCGCUCUGACCCAUCCCGGAGAUCCCGGACAGCGCGAACCAGASCCCGGGACAGGGGGGACUGCCGGGUCACCCGGGAAGAUGCUGGAGAACCUUGGGCUGCACCUGCACAUUCUGUCAUCUGCCUGGGCUUCCUGCUGRGGAGUGUCGCAGUCAGCCCUGGGGGCCCGGGCACCCCCUGUCUGCUCUCAGCAAAAAGUCUUAGGGACUUCCAAGUGCCUGGAUGGGGCAGUCUAUUCUUCUUCUACAGCCUUUUCUGGAGCAGGUGCUCAAAGCUUUCUGCGAGGCUACCACCCUCUGGCACACCCAGMUUGGCCCCUUAUGGUCUACCCAGGAAGAUUUCACUUUUAGAAGUCUCUCUGCUCUUGGUAAUUUUUUUUUAGAGAAUGAAAUACCUGUUGGUGAGGUGAAGAAGUGAGGCAGGAGGAAAUGUUCCCUGGCCUUGUGCAGGGAGAGCUGUGAAAGCAGAAUGCGUGGCACUAGUGUGGUGCCAUGUCUCUGAUGGCUAUUGCUAUAUAGCCCUGKGCUUAACACCAGAAAUGUGGCCAGGGCUGGAGAAGGUUUGGCUGCCAGGGCUGCAGGAAAAUGCAUCAAGUCAGAUCCUUUCUGUGCUGCAGGGGUGGGAACCGUGUUGAAACUGGAAAUAUAAAAACUGCCAGCAUGAGCAUGCCCAGCAUGUCCCAUGGAAGAGGGAUGCAGGGAAGCUGUGGGACCUCUGCCCUUGGAGGUCUUUCCAGCUUUAGUGGAUAGAGCCUGAUCUGCCUCUGAAGUUGUAUCCAAUGUCRAAUUUGGACCUGUUUUGAGUGGAGACCUCAAAAUCCUCAGGUCUGUGGAGGUCCUUACAGCCUAAUUUACCUUGAUCCUAAGGUCAGCCCAGCUCUCUCUGUAACCUAGAGAAAUUGGCAUAUAUAGGGGAAAACUUCCUUUUCUGGAACACAAGAGGCAGGACAUGGUGCCUUUUCAUCUUCAAUUGCUCCACUUUGAAGCUUUCCUCAGCUGAAAAAGGGACUAAUAGAAGAGGAAACAACUAAAAGGAAUGUCUGUGAGUGGCAAAGGAUUGAAACUAGAUCCACAGGGGAAUUCAAGCAUAUCCCUCCCGACAGAUCACCCCACCCUGGAAGAGGCCUGGAGCAGUAGUGGAUGCCCAGGGCUCUGCUUGGGGCUGUAGGUGUAGAGGGGGCUGACAUAGCCCUGCUCCCAGGUCUCCUUGUACAGCUCCUUUUCCCCAUGGAACUGGAGAAGCCCCAUAUCCAGGGCCAAGAGGAGGCUGGUGAGAAAAUCCUGCAGUUUGGUGGGGCCUCGUAUGGGGAGAGGGAGGGAGAAAGUGCAGCCAGAGUCCCAACAGGAGCUUUGGAAGAGCAAACCGCRCAUGUACGCUCGGGUUCUCUCAGCAGAGAAGGGUACAGAUCAUAGUAUAACUCAGACUGGAAGAGAUCUUGGGAAGUUUCUGUUCCAAUCUGGUACCCAAAUCAGGGUCAGCUAUGACUCAGAGCAGUAAGCUCAGUCCUGUGUAGUUGAAUCUUCCUCACCUCCACUAACUGAGACAGCACAGUCUCUUUUGGCAACCUGGCGGGGGUCAAGUUUCUCCUUGUACCCUCCAUUCAGCACUUACCCAGUCACAUUUAAUGUCUACUGUCUCUUGUCCCACGGCUGCGCUUUGCUGCCGAGAGCUUUUGAUCCUGUGGAGACACCUGUGCCUUCUGCUCCACAGAGCGUUUUUCAGAUGUGGUCCUCAGCAGGACGAAAUUUGUGUAGAGGCAGCUUCCUUGUUUCUCUGGAUGCAGGUGGGACAUGAGAGAGGAAAUGGAGUGGAACAGAAAGGUGGCUGGCUGUCACAGCACAGAUUGGUAUGGAGAAGAGUAAAGCUCUCUGUAGGGCAGUAGGUGGGCAGGAGGAGUUGUAUGUCUGCCUUCCCUGACUCUGUGAGUCAGGAGAUGAGUUUUGGAUUCAAGGCUUCAGGGUGCUGAGGAUGGCAUAUUGUGGGUGAGCCACCUCCUGGGCUAGGAGGCUGGGGCUGGCUUGGUGGCACUGCCCGUGUCCCUGGGGACCUGUCUGUGGCUCCGCAGGAAGCUGCUGUCCGYAGAGGAGCUGGAGAGGCUGCACUGUCACCAGCGGGGGGCGGACGCAGACAGCAAGUGUAAGCACCACUCAAAUCUUUGCUGUGCYGAGGUCAGUCCGACUUUUCCUUUCCUAUCCCUUCUGAAGAGCUGUUGUAUCUUCCUUGUUCCUUGUUCUUCCCUGUYCUGGCAUGGGAAGCUGCUACCAUCCUGGAGAGAGCAGAGUCCUGUCUGCAGCCUGGCUGUCUCAGCCGGGGCAGAUCUCCUCAGCAGCUGUGCUGACACCUUUCCCRGCUCCUUCUUCACCAUCUGGAAGAGGAACUGUACCCCUUGCUGUGCCAGCUCUGGUAUUUUUGAUAGCUGCUGGCUCUGCUUUYGUUGCCUGCAAGGACUGGACGGUGUCACUUUGACAGUAAGUCRUGCCAACCUCUUGCUCAUUUGGGGGGUAGCUGGCAGAAGAGCUGUCSUGCCUUUUAGUGCCUUCUUUCCUUCCUGUAGAAGCAGUUACCAAUGUGGACCAGAUAAUUUUCAUAGAAUGAUGGAAUAUGCUGAGGUGGGAACGGAUUUAUCAGGAUCAUCAAAUCCAACUCCUGUCCCAGCACAGGACACCCCAAGAAUCACACCRUGUGCCUGAGAGUAAYGUCCAAGUGCUCCUUGAACUCUGUCAGGCUUGGUGCUUGCUCCCUGGGRAGCCUGUUCCAGUGCUGAGCCACCGUCUASGAUGAUAUMCAACCUAAACCUCCCUUCAUGCUGUUUACACAAGUCGUGUCACUGAUCUCAAGAGUGAAGAGCCUUGAUGCCUUCUGGCCCUUGUUCCUCUGGUUUUGUUCUCUGCUCCAGUCCCUGYGCUGGUCUAGGGUUCAGUGUGAAAAAAGGGUCACCAGUGAUGAUACAGAUUUUAGGGAGGAUGCUUCUGCACUCAAAUAGCAUCAGUAGGUAGUUCAGCGAGCAAAACUCAGUGUCUGGAGGACAUGCCUGACAGAUCUUGGUGACUCAGAAUGAGCAGAUUGGGUAGGUUCAGUUGUGUGUUGUUUGCAGAGAGAGUCUAGAUGCUUGUUCUUGUUUCUCUCCAGAUCUUUUAUACCUACAAACUAGGGAAACUGGGCAUGUAUAGAUGGUACACUGUUUGCAGCAGGUACAGUGAUGAGCUUGCUGCAUCAAGAACCUGAGACAUGGUAAAAAAAAAAAGCUUAAACAUCUGUCACAAACAGCUGGAAACCCCAGGCAGAACUGUGAAGAGCUACUGGAACCAUUCAAGGGACUCUAGAUCUGCAUGGUGCCCGUGCUGUGAGGUUUUUGAGACAAAACCAGACGAAGCUGUACCUACCCUUUGCAAAUGCUGGCAGUGCUCCAGCCUCCCGCUURCAGCAGGCCUGAAGACUCCAGUGAUCCCUUCCCCCAGCGCUGCUGUGGUUUUGUGGCUGUUCCAACCUCUCUGAGCUGUCUUGUAGGCUCAGACACCCAGCGUGUGCUGAACGUUGCGGAUCUGUCCUGGCUGUACCUUGUGGAGGUCAGAUGUGCUGCCCCUGUGCCUGUGGCACUGCCUGACCACUGACAGAUGUGUCCCUGGGGAGAUGUGGGGCUGGGUCUCUCUGUGAGGAUAUGGGGAUAUGCCAAGGGGAUAUGUUAGACAAUUGGAUCUCAAUGAAUGCUUGUGCCAUGGGGAUAUGUUAAACAUUUGGAUCUCAAUGUGUUUUUGUCUGGCACUUGUAACUCUCAGGCACCGCCAAGAAUAAGAAAAAAAAAAUUGAUUUCUGUAAAUUUUAUUGUAAAUAUCUGAGAGCCGUUCUUUUAGCAAAGUUAGUCUAAGUUUCAAACUAAUCUUUAGAUUUCUGUGAGAAGAGUCCAAUAAAUUUGGAUUGUAAACCUGCAGGAAACUCUUAAGUGUGAGCACUGAUGAGAAAAGAGAGGGGCCUUGAGAGUGUUCAUUCCUCAAAGGAUGGAGCCUCUUGGUUCCUGUUCUGCCCAAGUUCUGAUGUAGUCAGGUCUUGAGCAGACUUUAAGAAAGAGGUGGACUGUACAGCCUAGGAGGGUAUUAUAUUCUGUAUUGGAGAAUUUUUUGUAUUUACUCUUGAAAUAAAUA